AUGACAGCAAACACUGUGGAUAAAGUGGCUGAGUCGCUUACUGAUUUUAUACGCUUCAUUUCAACGGAUGCUUGUCCUAUGGAUGAAAUUACUACAGCCUUACCGGCCGAUUUUUCUCAUGUGGACGAGGGGAAUGAGGCAUCAGGAGGUUGCCUGAUUGCGGACAGUUUCGGUGUAGAAAAGCGCGCUCCUGACUUUCCAGAUCAGCAAAACGCACAGAGAUCUCCACUCACAUACACAGGCAAGAUAUCCAUCGGUGCUCAGUGCGCACACUCCAACUGGAGCCAGGACAGUCUGCUAAACUUCGUCUGUGCCGGGGUGCAGAGCACAUCAUCCACCGACAUACCAUUCCCUACCACCUCUCCAGGACCCUUAUCCUCCGGGACUCCAAGCUGUUCUGAACAAAAGGAAAUGGAGCACAUGUACACACAACAUCCCACAUACACCUGUAGCGCCGAGGGUUACCAGGACCCCUCUACCUACCUGUCAACCACCACAUGUCCAAUAACAUACCCUCCACCUUCCUACUCCUCCCCUAAACCCAGCAUAGACGGUGCGCUUUUCUCCAUUAUACCGGACUACGGGGGGUUUUACCAGAGCACCAGCCAGAGAGACGCACCGCCUUUCCAGGAGCGAAAACCCUUCUCCUGCUCGUUAGACUCGAUAAGAGUUCCUCCUCCUCUUACCCCUCUGAACAUGAUCAGAAAUUACACUCUCGCGUGUCCUGUGGAUGGUUCCAGACCCCAUGUGGAUUCACAGCCUCAAAGUGUCCCGUUACGACCAAUCCUGCGACCAAGAAAGUACCCGAACCGGCCGUGUAAGACCCCUGUCCAUGAGCGACCGUACCCAUGUCCAGCCGAGGGCUGCGACCGCAGGUUCUCGCGCUCUGAUGAGCUGACGCGCCACGUGCGCAUCCACACCGGCCACAAGCCGUUCCAGUGCCGCAUCUGUAUGCGCAGCUUCAGCCGCAGCGACCACCUCACCACACAUAUCCGCACACACACCGGAGAAAAGCCGUUCUCAUGCGACUUCUGCGGCAGAAAGUUCGCCAGGAGCGACGAGAGACGGAGACAUACCAAAAUUCACCAAAGACAGAGAGAGAAACGGGCAAACCCUGCUGCUGCUACUACUACUACUGCUGCUGCUACUACUACUGCUGCUGCACAGUCCAGCAGCUCACAGGGUCACUCAGGGUGA